GAGAAGUUGAUCAUCUGCAUCAUUUCGCACUUCUCCUUUGUAAAGAAUAUAAUAAGCAGUCGAUUAAUAAUUUUCCUCGUUGUUAAAAUUUGUGAAAAAAUAUAACGUAAAAAUGUGGAAGAUCCUCACAUUUAUUUUGCUUCUCUGCGUAGCAACAACUUUAGCUUUUCCUUCGAUUCAAGCAGAAACAAACGAAGGCCCCAUGUUGAACAGAUUGAAUAGAGCUGCUGAUCAUUAUGGAGGUGGACAUAAUGGACAUGGCGGUAGUAAUGGACAUGGUAGUGGACAUGGCAGUGGACAUGGCGGUGGACAUGGCGGUGGAUAUGGUGGUGGACAUGGCGGUGGACAUGGGUAAAUAAACUGCGAACGUUUAUAUAGAGUUUGUACUAAAAAAAUGCUACGACAAAACUUUCAAAAAUAUGUAGAAUAACCAGUAACUCGUCCAAUAUUAUAAUAACUAUAUUUUGUUAUAAAGAUUAUUUUGAGAUAAAACAAGAUAUUUGCCAAUA